UUUCGCCAACCAACACUUCAUCAAGUCCACUCAACGACAAGCACCGACAGGGGCAAUGUAAGCCAUGCCCCCCCCACGGGGACAUCAAAGUCAAACUCCACUAUUAUAUCUCAGAAAAACAAGUAUACUGACCAGUUCAAAAAUCACAGGUGCCAGUUCGAAGCUGGCUACCGCGGGCCCACGCCGUCUUGGCAGGCAAUGCUGUCGGACACGCCGCCCCCGGGACGCCAGCGCGUGCGCUUCUGGACCGACUGCUGCCGGCCGACGUGCCCCGCGUCGGUAUUUUACGAUGACGACCACAGCGAGGUGACGGAUGUCGACGGAAGUGACUGUGAGAGUGAGAGUGAGAGUGAGAGCGGAGAUGAGAAUGAGAGUGGGAGUGAGAGUAAGAGUGAUAGUGAGAGUCAGGAUGAGGAUGAGAGGCAGAGUGAGAGUCAGGAUGAGAAUGAGGGGCAGAGUGAGAGUCAGGAUGAGGAUGAGAGCGAGAGCGAGAGCGAGAGUCAGGAUGAAGAUGAGAGCGAGAGCGAGAGUCAGGAUGAAGUUGAGAGCGAGAGCGAGAGCGAGAGCGAGAGCGAGAGCGAGAGUGAAAACAAUUACUUCCCAGCGGCUGAGGGAAGCAAAGACCCCCGGGAGGAAGAGGACAACAGCGACUGCGUCAAUGGCACCCACCCCAACCCAAUGGCCGCCAACGCGCGGAACGUAGCCGAAGACAACGCCGGACUUGAGAAUGGCAGGACAGCAGGCUCAGACGGCGAGAUGCUCCACGCUAGCGGCAGCGAGAGCGAGUGCACCAACUCUAAAACCUCACAGUCUGACAGUGUCAGUUCUGCAUCUCAAUGCGGCAACCCUCACCCCGGAAGCGGACCACCGCACGUCAAGAAUGCAAACCCUCCCCCCGCUGCGCACAUGAGAAGCGAGGAAUCAGAGGAUUCUGACAGCGGAAGCGAAUACUCUGGCUCCGACAGCGAGCUGGAGAGCGAGAGGGGCGAGCAUACAUCCCUGCGGAGCCAAAGCGACGGAGAUUCGAGCUCCGACGGCCAGGAUGGGGUUUUUGAGAUCUGGAGCGACAGCAGCGGGAGCGAGAGUGAAAGCCCGGGCGAAAGACGGCGGAGCCCGGGCGCUGGCAGGGGCUGGUGGAGGUCGCCGUCGGGGCGGGACUUCUACUGGACCGGCGGGCGGUGGUAUCAAGAGGGCGGCGGCCCGUACUUUCCGGGAGGCAGACGACACUAAAGGUUUUCCUGAUUUGGACUUGGGGAUUUCUUGGAUGCAGUUGCUUAGAUACCUGGGUAGGUAGUUAGAUAGUUGAUUGGCACCGGAUUGAUCGCUUGUUGAUUACCAGUUCAUCCGUGCCGGCUCAAGAUUCUAUAUGUAGC